UACUUUUGGAACUGGCUAUCGUUCAAACCGGAAAUUAAAGGAGAGCUGAGCCUGAGCCUGAACCUUUUAGACACACGCAUGAUGGCUCCUCCUCGUCCAGCUUCUCGCAGUCGCACGCAGCGGCACCGUUUGUCUGCCCCAUUCAUGGUCCUCCUGUUCCUUGCACUGGCCACCAGCAGUACAGUAGCCAACGCCCAACUGUCCGACAGCUACUACGACGCUUCCUGCCCGGCCGCGCUGCUCACCAUCAGGACCGUCGUGUCGGCGGCGGUGCUGCUCGACCCCCGCAUGGGCGCCUCCCUCCUCCGCCUCCACUUCCACGACUGCUUCGUCCAGGGCUGCGACGCGUCGGUGCUUCUUGACGACACGGGCAGCUUCACCGGCGAGAAGGGCGCCGGGCCGAACGCCGGGUCGCUGCGCGGGUUCGAGGUGGUCGACAACGCCAAGACGCUGCUGGAGACGGUGUGCCCGCAGACCGUCUCGUGCGCCGACAUCCUCGCCGUCGCCGCCCGCGACGCCGUCGUCCAGCUCGGGGGCCCGUCAUGGACGGUCCUCCUGGGGAGGAGGGACUCCACCACGGCGAGCGCGUCGCUGGCCAACAGCGACCUCCCCGCGCCGUCCUCCACCCUCGCCACUCUCCUCGCCGCUUUCUCCAACAAGGGACUCACCACCACCGACAUGGUUGUCCUCUCGGGAGCCCACACCAUCGGGCGGGCGCAGUGCGCCAACUUCCGGGACAGGAUCUACAACGAUACCGACAUCGACGCGUCGUUCGCGGCGUCGCUGCGUGCUGGCUGCCCCCAGUCCGGCGACGGCAGCGGCCUCGCGCCGCUGGACGAGUCGUCGCCGGACGCCUUCGACAACGGCUACUUCGGCGGCCUCCUCUCCCAGCGCGGCCUGCUCCACUCCGACCAGGCGCUGUUCGCCGGCGGCGGGGGCUCCACGGACGGCCUGGUCAGGAGCUACGCGUCCAGCAACGACCAGUUCGCCAGCGACUUCUCGACGGCGAUGGUGAAGAUGGGCAACAUUAGCCCGCUGACGGGGUCGGCCGGCGAGAUCAGGGUCAACUGCCGGGCGGUGAAUUAAUUCAUGACGCAUGGGCAAUCAUCUAGCUUGCAGAGUUUAUAUAUAUGGAAAUGAAAUGGCAUCCAACUAUAUAUACUAUAUUUAUUUAUUAUUUUAUUAAUUAUUAGUUUCCGACAAUGUGUGUGUGCAUAUAUAGCAGAAAUAUGAUUUGGUUCCAUUAUUGUUAUCUGGAAGGUGAAAAUUAAAGAGGAAAUACAUAUCAUGUGCAGAAAUUUUCA